GGUACAAAGCCCGUCGCGUAACACCUCCCCGAUAAAAUACCCAUCUCAUCAUCAAAUGUCCUUCCGGCAUUUGUCCCACCAAUGUUUCUAAUUCCUCCUCUCCAACUUGAUUAUACACGUUCAACUUCUUCUUCUCUGGAGGCGCUUUCUACUACUGGAUUAAUUAAUUUCAUUUUCCAGUCGUCGCGCGUUUUUGUUCAUUGACUUGAUCAGUUCAUUAGCCCCACUCCCCAGACGAGACGAAACCAAAUUGUGCAGUGCAAUCCAAAUUACAACGACAGCUAUUACUACUACUACUAGUACUAGUACUACUACCGUAUACUAUACCUCAUUCGCAUCCGACUGUACGGUUCCUACCGAACAUUCACUAUCUAAUCUAUCAUGGUUCGUCGUAGGGACGAGGUCCCGGAGGAGGAGGACCAGGAAAUGGAAGAGGAGCUUGUGAGCCUCCAAUUCGAUGAGCCUUUAUCAUGGCGCGCGGGAAAGCCAAUCGCAACUGGCGAGCUUCUGCGACGUCUAGAAAAACUUUCUAAAGAAUUAGUUGAUAUGGAUCAAGAGACUGUUGACAAAGAGUCCCUAAAUCAUGUUGCGAAAGAGCUGGCUUCACCGAACCUGCUUACCCACAGGGAAGCAGGUGUGAAAGCCUUUGUGGCAGCCUGUCUAGUAGACAUCUUAAAACUCUGCGCCCCAGAAGCCCCCUUCACACCAAAGCAGCUUAAGGAAAUAUUCACCCUUUUCGUCAAAACCAUUCUCCCGGCGCUCUGGGAUCCGAGUAACGCGUAUAACACACAACAUAAGUACACCCUCACAUCUCUUGCCGAGGUCAAGAGCAUCCUCUUGAUCAACGAUGUCGCAAAUGCAGAGGAGCUUCUGCUCUACAUUUUCUUAUCCUUCUUCGAUGGGGUAUCGGGGUCGUCAAAAGCCGCGUCGGGAGAGCAAGUUGCCAAGGAUGUUGAGUUUCACAUGACGGAUAUCCUGGUGACUUUGGUUGAAGAGAGCCCUUCACUUCCGCCUGCUGUACUAGAUGUUAUUAUGGCCCAAUUUCUACGAGCAGCGCCCCCAGGAGGCCACAAGGAGAAGGCGGAGGCCAAUGGGAAGCAAACCACUCUUCUACCUAAAGAGGAGCCAGAGGCAUAUGUCAUGGCUAAGACGGUGUGCAACUCAUGUCCCGAGAAGAUGGCACGCUAUGUGGGCCAAUACUUUAGUGAAGUAAUUAUGGACGUCACUGGAAACAGUGGAAACGCCAAUGGACAUAGGGAUGAUGACGAUUCAGAUAACGAUGAUGGAAAUGCGGGUCCUUCAGAAUCUGAUUUUAAGGAGUUACGAAAAGCUCACCUACUUUUGCGCGAGCUUUGGCGAGCAGCACCCACAGUAUUGCUCCAUGUCAUACCCCAAGUUGAUGCUGAGCUCUCUGCUGAUAAUAUUCAACUACGUUUGUUAGCAACUGAGACUUUAGGCGAUAUGAUAUCUGGUAUAGGUGCUGCUGGACCACCUCCUCCCCCAGAGCUUGACCCGGCGGCAUAUCCACCCCUAAAGUUGAAUGACGAGGUUCCAGACCAUCCUGCCACCAGCAUUCUCACCACCCCCAUAUCCCCCCUAUCCUUCGCACAGACACACCCUCAAGCAUUCCACAAUUUUGUUGGCAGGAAGAAUGACAAGUCUCCUCUAAUCAGGGCAGCAUGGACAGUAGCUGCAGGUUACAUCGUCUCAACGUCAGCAGGCAACAUUGGGCUCAGCCGAGAGGACGAAUCUGUAUUUGUUACCGGUCUCCGAGAUAAGCUGACUGAUAACGACGAGAAAGUUAGGCUGGCUGCUGUCAAGGCCAUCGAAACUUUCAGCUUCCGUAACAUUGUCAUCAAGCUAGCUGCUGCUGGAGGUGUAACAAAGGAAGGCACAGUGUUGUUCACUCUAGCGGAUCGUUGCCGAGACAAAAAGUCAUCUGUUCGUGUUGAAGCGAUGGCCCUUCUAGGUAAGCUCUGGGCAGUGGGCAGUGGUGAAAUAGCAGCGGGACAAGAACUCGUAACCUCAGCAUUAUCUGGUAUUCCGACCCGAAUAUUCAAUACGUUCUAUGCCAACGAUUUAGAACUCAACGUUCUAUUAGAACGUGUAGUGUUCGAAUGCUUAAUCCCGCUGUCUUUCCCUCCACCCCCCAAAUCGAAGGGGUCCAAAUCGACGAAUGGCAAUUCUCAAUCACAAUCGGCUGUCGAUUCUGGUUACGACCAAGAUAGAAUUCGAGCUGAAAGGAUUCUACUGCUCGUGAAAGAUCUGGAUAGUAAUGCUAGAAGGGCCUUUAACGCAUUGCAAGCACGGCAACCCCAAUUUUCCAAAGUAUUAGAAAAUUUAGUUCGCCAGUGCGAUGUAUUCAAUGGCGGGAAUCCAGAAGGGAAUGCGGAUGCUAUCAACCAAAAUCUCAAAAAGACGAUCCAAUACCUAAGCCAGUUCCUUCCUGAUCAGAGCAAGGUUGAAGCAGAUCUACAUAAUUUUGCCAAUUGGCAUGAUCGUCGCUGUUAUCAGCUCAUCAGGUUUGUGGUCUCUCCCGAGAGCGACUUCAAGACGAUGCAUAGAGCCGUUAAGGAGUUUGUCAAGAGGGUCCAAAGCUCACCGAAACCUCAUAUGCUGGAUACCCUAUUGCCCCUCCUUUACCGUUCUGCUUACAUUGUGUUGAAUAAGAGUCACCUCUCCACCUACAUGGAUUAUUCCAAGAGCGACAAGGAUGGGCUUGGAGCUGCUGCCCAAGAGAUUACUACAGAAAUUUCCCAAAAUAAUCCUGACCUGUUCAAGACACACGUUGGACAGCUUUGCAAGGACGUAGUCGAUGGUGCGCCGACUAUUGACCGGCCUAAUGAGCCUGCGAUGGUCGAAACUUUAAAAGCCUGCUCUUCGUACUCCAAAAAGUAUCCCAAUGAACUUCCGGAUGACCGCAAGUUCAUCCAGGCACUCAUGAGUUAUGCAUUGCACGGAGAGCCAGCUAAAGCUGCUAAGUAUGCCGUCAACGUCAUGAUGGCCAGAAAAGACGAGAAAAGUAUGGUCUCGGCAACGGACUUGCUACAAAGAAUCAUGAAGGGUUGGGGAUACGAUUCGCCCCAUUUCCCAACCAAACUUGCGGCUGUCAGCCAACUAGAGCUUCUGGCCCCCAAUGUGACAGCAGAUGCCAACGAUCAAAUCAUUGACACAGCACUGGAGGAUAUUCUACUCAAAGUUCGUACAGACGCUAAGGAAUCGGACCCAGAGUGGGUUCCCGACUCCGAACUUGACGAGGAAUGUCAAGUCAAGUGUUGGGCACUUAAGCUAGUGGUGAAUCGCCUCCGAGGUGUUCGUGAUCCGGACGAGGCAAAGGAGCUGGCCAUACCAGUCUUCAAGCUUCUUCGCAGUCUUCUAAAACAGGCCGGCGAAUUAUGCAAGACUAAGGAUACCCCUAAGCACCAUAAAUCUCGCCUACGACUGCUUGCCGGACAGCUCUUCUUGAAGCUCUGCACGUCGAAGCACUUGGAGGAAAUCUUCUCACAUACCGACUUCAAUCAAUUGGCGUUCCUAACACAGGACCCAAUCGCCAUGGUUCGCCGCCUGUUUAUUGAGAAGCUCCAAAAGUAUCUCGUACAAAAUAAGCUGCGACCUCGAUUUUAUACCAUGAUAUUCCUGACAGCCUUUGAACCGGAUGUCGCGUUCAAGAGCCAGAUUGAAACGUGGAUACGGUCUAGGGCUCGCUUUUUCCGAGAGACUAAACAGAAUGUUAUGGAGUCGACAAUGUGCAGGUUGAUCUCCUUAUUGGCCCAUCAUCCAGAUUUCGGAACAGAGGUAGACGAUUUGUUAGACCAUGCCAGAUACCUGCUGUACUAUGUCAGCAACGUUGCUACAGAAGAUAAUUUUGGCAUGAUAUACAAAUAUGCCGAACGUGUAAAGCAGACUAGGGAUGCCAUCACUCCUGAUCAGAGCGAAAGACUCUACGUCAUCAGUGAUCUCGCCCAGAGCGUCCUGAGAAAAUGGCAAGAGAAGAAGAAUUGGAGCUUCCAGGCAUAUUCUGGCAAGGUUGGCCUCCCAAUGGGGCUAUUUACGGCACUUCCUAGCCAUAGCGUAGCGCAAGAGAUUGCCCAGAAGCAGUAUCUUCCAGAAGGACUUGAAGAACGGCUGGACGAUUUGAUUCGGUCGGUGGACAAGAAGAAGAAACGUAAAGGUGGAGACGAACGUACGGAUGGGCAGCCUGCUUCGAAAAAGGUUAGGACAACGGUAUCAAAGACCGCCACAAAACCAAGGGCGACUCCGAAGGUAGCAAAGACUUCAAAGAAAGUUAAACCCGCAAAGAGCUCUUCGAAAUCCAAGAAGGUGGCCGCAUCCGCAUCGCCUGCCGCAGAUUCUGCAGAUCGUAGACGUAGUGGGCGUUCUAGGAAGAACUCUUCAUAUAUCGAGCGAGACUCAUCGGAAGACGACGAAGACAUGCUCGAGGGUGUAGCGGAAUGGGACUACUAUGACGCAAAGGGGAAUCCUGUACAGGACGAUAAUGAAGACUCUUCAGAACUAUCUGACCUUGAGGAAGAGCCAGAGCCUACGGCCGAAAAGGGAGAAGUGGAUGAGCUUGAUGGAGAUGAGAGCGAGCUCAGCAACGUUGAGGACGAAGAGGAAGAAGCCCCUCAACCAUCGUCGCCGCCGAAAGCAAACGGGAGGAAAGGCCGCGCUACUACUAAGUCGUCUCCCGCUUCAAAGACGAAGGUCCUGGCUUCACGACCCGCCGUAAAAGCGAAUGCGGCCAAAGGCAAGUCACCUGCUGUGUCCAAGACAAAAGCAAAGCCGGCCCCCAAGGCCAAGCCGGUUAGCACCCGAUCUACGAGAUCAAGGAGAGCUGCGACGCAGGAGGAAGAUGAGGGUGGAGACUCCGAAUAAAACGGCAGGUCUACAACCACGAACCUAACUCAGUAGACCAACUGAGCUGCAUCAUGGACAUGAGUGUUCGAGGGAAAAUACCAGGGAUUAGGGAGUUCCUUUUACCUAUUUAUGGGGUGGAGUUUAUAGCUCAUGAUAUUUCUCCGGGUUUCUAUUCCGUCUCUCUAAUGUGCGGCAGUAACCCCGGAGCACAAGACGGAAUAUGAUAACGAGAUGGUAGUCGAUGCAGGACCGGGUUCGCGGAUGAAGUCUUCUGACUUGAUGUUUUUUUAUUUCGCUUUCUGUUCAAGGACCUUUAACUCCCUUUUAUACCCGUGUUCGUGUAGGAAAAAAAGAAAGAUAAUGAGAAUCUUUUUGUCAUCGUGCGGUGAUUUAUAUCUCAUCUCCCCUCCCCCCUCCCCCCUCCCCCUACUCCGUUUAUGCCUUGCGUUUCCUGUGUAAAUUAUUCGCAUACUUUCUUGGUGGGUUGGUGUAAAGAUGAGAUGGGAUAUUCCUGAACGGAUGCUUGUGCUCAGGGGCACGAAAUUGUGUUUUUGCUUUUGAAAACACCCUCGCUAGGUACCUAAUGCAUUUUACUUGAGGUUCGUCAAUUGGGCAAAUAACCACCAGGUUGGCCUAGGUAAUCGUAUAUUAAUUAAAAGCCGCGAUAUGAAAUACGAAAAGUUCUUGUACCAACAACAACAAUAAUAAUAAUAAUAACACUGGU